AUGUUUCCCUUCAAAACGAGCGCGUCUGAAUACGAGACCACGGACCGUGGGCAGUACAAGGUCCUUGAUGACCCAACCGAGGAUGACCUUGGCGGGACGCCGCUGAAGGAGCUGGGACACCUGAGGAAGAGUCUGCGGUUCUACAAAGUCGGCUUUUACACGGUUCUCGCCUUCCAGGCCCUGGCCGUUGUCUACUGGGCUUUCCUGGGCCAUGCCAACUCACAUCCAUCCGCCACAUAUCGCGACCUAGAAUGGAGUGGUUUGCUUGGUGAGGACUGGAACGGCCUUGUUCCUAACGGUGUUGGCCAGCCGCUGAAGCCGGUGUACUUUGGUCCGGACCACCCCUACUACAUGCCCGAGGACAUUUUCGACAAUUUCGACAAGUCCAUGGCCAUGAUUGACAACGUGUUGGUCGACAAAGACGCGCCUCGUGUCAAGAGAAUCAAGCCGGAUGGCGAUGUAGCCGAGAUGGAGCCGUUCUGGCCGUGGGAGCCUCGCGCCGAUGGCAAACAGAUCUAUGCCAUCCGCGGGUUUCACCAGAUGCAUUGCAUAGUAUGCGAACCCUUCGCCAUUGUGGACAAGAAAUUUGAGAGAAACAUGGGAACCUUUGCUGACCAACCACGUCCUGCGCAGUUUGUCAUCUCGGAAGAGUUCACCUUCCAUUACAACAGGGUCAACGAGACCAAGUGGACGGCCGGGCACGUGGCGCAUUGCAUCAACACGGUCCGCGACGCCAUCAUGUGCAUGGCGGACUCUCAGCCGCUGUCCUUUGCGAACGGCUACAAGGUCGGGCACGCGACGGACGACCAGGCCAUGAUGUGCCGCGACUGGAAAGCGUUGCACGCCUGGGUCAGCGACCCGAGCCGCGGCGUGCGGGUGAAGAACGCCGCGCCGCCGGGGAGCAAGUCGGACAUGAUCGUGCCCAUCAUUCCGUACCCGGAGCUGACGGAGGCGGAACUCAAGGGCGAUGCGUGA